UCACCUUGCACGCAGCCCUUCUGGCAAACAUGUCACCCAUGAAGCUGUGUGUUCCUGGUUUCAUCAGAUGCAGCCCUGCCCAUUGCCCCAGGCAGGGUGAUAAACUUUGCAGUGUAGAAGACUGUACACCUGGAACAGGCGUGUACCUGCGGCAUGGUUACAUUUACUCCUCGCUAGCGGGCUACGUGCUCAAGAAGAAUGAAGGCGAGGAGUUACCAGUUAUCUCUGUUGUGAGAGAAACAGAAACCCAACUACUGCCAGAUGUCGGUGCAAUUGUCACUUGUAAGGUAACUAGCAUUAAUCCCAGGUUUGCCAAGGUCCACAUUCUAUAUGUCGGCUCCACACCGCUGAAGGACCGCUUCAGAGGAACUAUCAGAAAGGAUGAUGUCCGGGCAACAGAGAAAGACAAGGUGGAGACGUACAAAUGUUUUAGACCUGGAGACAUUAUCCUGGCAAAAGUGAUUUCUCUGGGUGACGUGCAGUCGAACUAUUUGCUGACGACGGCUGAGAAUGAGCUUGGGGUGGUGGUGGCCCACAGUGAAGCAGGUGCACAGAUGGUUCCGAUCAGCUGGUGCGAGAUGCAGUGUCCGCUGACUCAUGCCAAAGAGUUUCGCAAAGUGGCAAGGGUCCAGCCAGAAUAUCUGCAGGCAUGACAAUCCUGAGACUCAUUUUUCUCCACAAGGAACACACAGCUUCCCCCUCCCGAUCUCUGGGUGACUGAGGAGCCUCCCUGCUUGUUUUGGUAAAUAGUGUUAUGUCUGCACAUUUUGUCUUGAGUAUUAGCUUGGAAACACGACUGCAACCUUAGAGCCAGCUGCAAUAUCGAAUGGACACACUGCUCUCUGUCCAGCAGUUAAGUUGUGCUAAUGAAAUCAUGUUGCCCAUUGCAUAAACAUCAGACCUUAAGGCUAAUCUUGCAGUUUGGACUCCAUUAAGGAGCAAUUCAGAUGCAGCUUAAUGAGGCUGCUCUUUAAAAAUGGCCCAUUGCAUUAUUAAGUUAAAAUUUUCUGGUGCUCUCUUUCCCCACCACACAUCGUCCAUUUGUAUCAAGUUAAAUUCCUUGUUUUCCAGCACAUUAUGAGCCUACAACAAACAAGCAGAAACAUUUUCCUUUUUUUUUAAUGAAAUGAAAAACACUUUCCUGUCCAAUUGCAGAUGUUUGUAAGAAUUAAAUAAAAUGAAAAUGUUAUCCUCCA